AUGGAAAAUACAUCGGUUUUCCUUCACUCUAAACCAAUUCCAUUCAGUUUCAUGAUCUCCAAUAGCAACAACAACAGAAAAAUCUCUUUCAGGCAUUACAACAAACACUUUCAGUUCCAUUUAUCAAAUAACAAUUUCCUCUUUGGUCAAAGCCUUAAACCCAUCAAAAACCCUUCAAAUCUUUCUUUUACAUCAUAUCAAUCAACUUCAUCACUGAAAAUAACAGGAAUCCACUUGUUAUCUCCUCCCAAAUGCUCAUAUUCCGGUUCUACAAGCACGAACGGUUCCCAAAACUACCCUCUUUUAAAACCUUUCAAAAGCCUAUCUCUUGAGAAGCUGAAAGCAACCCUUUUGCAAUUAACCCCAAUUGAUAUCAUCAAGUGGUCGGCUGUCUUUUCAAUUACAAUUGCAGCCACAAAAUGGACUGUGAAUUUGGUCCUGAACCCAUUUUUCUGGAUGUAUUUUAGCUGGACAUGGUUGUUUUGGCCAUGGUUUGUGGCUAUAUCACUUGCUGUUUAUGGGAUAUAUUGCUUUUAUAAGCAUUCGAUCGGUGAAGCUAGCAUUUUUGAGCAACUUGGAAUUGUUACAUCAGUGUUCACUUGGUUAACUCUAGUCCCUUCUGCCCAUUUCAAUGGAUACCUACAAGGAUGGCCUUUCGUGUUCUUUUUCGUGUAUCAUUAUUUCUUUUUCUUCAAUGUAAGCGUGAGGAAACGUUUGUAUGGAGAUUACUAUGCACGUCCGCAUGACCCGAAGUGGGAUUUAAAAACACCCAGAUGGUGUCGCCUUUUGUUCUGUGUUGGGGUCAUGGUUGGGCACUGGCUUGCAGCUUUUGAAGGGCCAGAACUGCACCUUAUUCCUGGUGGGUGGAGCGAUGUGGGUAUCUGGAUUUUGAUAUUGGGAACUUUGUUAAUGCAAUAUAAUUCUACAUUUUACCUUGCCAAGUAUUCAGAGAAGGUGGUGGAGCCUACUGCUGUUGUGCAAUUUGGACCAUAUAGAUGGGUCCGGCACCCAAUCUAUUCGUCCACAAUGCUUCUCUUUGCAACUUGUUUCAUUGCGCUUCGUGCACCUUUGAGCGUGUUGUUCGUGGUAGCAGUAUGUUUGAUGUAUUAUGCACAGAAAGCAAAAAUGGAGGAGGAUCUAAUGAUUGAGACUUUUGGGGAGAAGUAUCUAGAGUAUAUGAGUAAAGUUCAGUACAAGUUCAUUCCUUUGGUUUAUUAG